ACAUUUCAAUGAAAUCUCGCACAUCAAUAAUAAUUAGCUGUUGUUAGUCGCCUUGUGAAAAGAAAACCUGCUAAUCUACUCGCCUCAGUUGCACAAAUGCGUGUAUCGGAGAGGACGCUUCUAUUAUUCGAGGAAGAUUAUUAAACAGAAUGUGUAAAAUACGCCGACCGUGUGUGAGAAUCUGAUAAUUAAAUUCUAUAUAAUUGUCCUCUACAUUAUGGAGCGGGCCACAAUAACCCGAAGCAGCCUCGGCUAAUGAGUAAAAGGAUUACCAAUAGAGAAAAGCUGCACUACUGCAGGAAUUGAUUUACUUGCUCGCCAACAGUCCUGGGAGAUGGCGGGAAUGAGUGAUAUAAGUAAUAUCUUUACCUACCCGAGAAAAAAUGGAUAGUGAGGUAGAAUCAACUAUUGAAAAAUGAUGGGGAUGAAUUUCCCUUUGUGGACAUUUAUGGUUGAAAAGAUAUUUGUGAUAUUUUGUGUGCAUUUAUUGCGUGUUUGUGCAGAGAAUCAAGCAUUAUCGGCUUAUAUUCCAGGGGACAUAAUUAUUGGUGGACUGUUCCCUAUUCACCAGAAAAGUUCCGGGGAUCGCCGAGCAUGUGGUGAAAUCAAUCUAGACCGAGGAGUUCAGAGAGCAGAGGCCAUGUUACACACAAUAGAUAAUAUUAACAAAAAUCCUGAAAUACUCCCAAAGAUCAAAUUAGGCGCUAAAAUAUACGAUACUUGCGCUCGGGGAACGUUUGCACUAGAACGAUCUUUAGAAUUUAUUCGUGGAUCAUUUACAUCCAUAGAUUCGUCCGACUUCUCAUGUGAUGAUGGUUCUAAAGCGAGGGCAAAUGUGACGUAUGAAAAUGUGGCUGGAGUCAUAGGAGGAUCGUAUAGUAGUGUUUCGAUUCAAGUAGCAAAUCUUCUGAGACUCUUUAAGCUACCGCAAAUAAGCUAUGCCUCAACAAGCGCCGAUUUGAGUGAUAAGGCUAGGUAUGAUUAUUUUUCCCGAACAGUUCCACCGGACAAUUUUCAGGCUAAAGCUAUUGUGGAUAUUGUGGAAUAUUUCAACUGGACAUACGUGUCCACAGUAGCGUCAGAAGGAGACUACGGCCAGUCGGGCAUUGACGAAUUCAAAGAAAAGGCAAAGGCACGAAAUGUUUGCAUAGCAGAGUCUAUAAAAAUAUUGUCCAAUUCAAAUCCAUCAACGUUUGAUGAUGCCAUUAUUAAAUUAAAAGCUAAAGAAAACGCUAGAAUUGUGGUGCUUUUUUUGCGUAUUGAGGACGCAACGAACUUGCUAAAUGCAGCGACACGAAAAGGUGUGGCCUCAAGAUUUAUUUGGAUAGCUAGUGACGCAUGGGGGACGCAGGAAAAACCUGUCCAGCAAAAUGCAGAUGUUGCUGAAGGGGCAUUGACGAUUGAGUUGCAAUCUACAUUAAUUCCUUCUUUUGAUAGAUAUUUUAUGUCACUGACCCCAUCUAACAACAAAAGAAAUCCCUGGUUUCCAGAAUUCUGGGAAAAUGUACACAAUUGUUCUCUUUCAGACAAAUAUCAAGACCAGAUUGAUAAACCAAAAUGUAAUGGUAGCGAAAGACUGUCAUCUGCAACAUUUAAACAAGAAACGAAAGUGCAGUUUAUUCAUGACGCGGUACAUGCUAUUGCUAGAGCAAUUGACGCAAUGUUGAACGCAACCUGCAAAACAGAAGAUUUAUGUGAUGAAAUGCGUCAAAUUAAUGGAAAAAUUUUGAGAGAUUAUAUUCUAAAUACGACUUUUGACGAUGGUUAUGGUGCUCUUGUCAAAUUUGACGAAAAGGGUGAUGCUAUGGGGAGAUACAACAUAAUGAAUUUUCAGUGGAACGAAACAUCCCAUUCCUACCAAUAUUCCACUGUAGGAAGCUGGACAGACAGAUUGUCGCUAGAUACGGACAAAAUUAUUUGGGCGGGACGAACCAAGGAGACACCGUCAUCGAGAUGUAGCAGGCCUUGUAACUUCAACGAAAUCAAAUUUGUUGGUAAAGAUGGCGACACCUGUUGUUGGGCCUGCAUUAAAUGCCAAGAAUGGCAGUUUCUAAAAGACGAAUUUACUUGUGAAGAUUGUGGAGAAGCGAUGUGGCCUAACCCGGAUAAACGAGGUUGCUAUAGACUUCCGGAACAGCACAUAAACAUCGUUUCUGUUUAUGCCCUGAUUCCGGUAUUUCUUUCAUGCAUUGGGUUGAUCGUGACUUUCACGGUAAUUGUUACAUUUCUCAAACACAACGACACUCCGGUUGUUAUGGCGUCUGGACGCGAGCUAAGUUAUAUGUUAUUAAGUGGCUGUGUGUUGUGUUAUUUAGUUACAUUUGUUUUAAUUGCUCGCCCGUCGACGAUAACAUGUGCCAUACAGAGAGCCGGAAUCGGACUCGGUUUCUCUGUUAUAUAUUCCUCAUUACUGACCAAGACAAACAGAAUUUCACGUAUAUUUGACAGUGCAAGGAAGUCUGCGCGAAGACCUCCAUUUAUCAGUCCAAAGUCCCAAAUUGUGAUUACAUUGGUACUAAUAUCAAUUCAGGUGCUAUUCAGCAUUGUUUGGCUGGUCUUAGAAAGGCCGGGGACCAGACUUUACACUCCUAAAAAUAGACGCAAUGAAGUGAUUUUAAAAUGUAAAACAAAUGAUAUUUCUUUUCUAGUUUCAUUGCUUUAUAACAUAAUUCUUAUAAUCGUGUGUACCCUUUAUGCCAUAAAGACUAGAAAGAUCCCUGAGAAUUUCAAUGAAUCCAAAUUCAUUGGGUUCGCCAUGUACACCACCUGCAUCAUUUGGUUGGCGUUUGUGCCUAUAUACUUUGGGACUUUAAAUUCAUUUGAGGUACAGAUCACAACAUUGUGUAUUUCCAUUAGUCUCAGUGCGACCGUAGCCCUUGUGUGUCUCUUCACGCCUAAAAUGUACAUCAUAGUCUUCCAGCCUGAGAAAAAUGUUAGACGAUUAACGAUGAGUUCCGCCAGCUACAAAAAGCCCGCCACUAAUUCAUCCUCAGUAUUAGCCGCCAAUAACCACGAAUCAAGCUGUUUUGAUAGUUACACAAAUGAAAGGAUCAAGUUGAAUGUGAACUAUGACGAGAAACAUGGCGUUCGGACAGUUCCGGUUCCGGUUUCGGACACAAAUGGGGACCAGGACAGUUUACAUUCCCUCUAACAUCGUUACCUUUACUGUAUAUUCCUAUGAGUUAUUUCAUCUUGUUCGCGUAUUCACCUUAAAUUGCAUUAUUAGAUGAUGUACGUGUUUACCUAAGUUAUCCAUUAUCAUUUUCAAAUUCAUUGCUUUAAUUUUGAACGCUAAAUAUUGAUAUCCAUGCAUGGACACUGGUGUUAAUUAAGGGCAGAUGAUACAAACAUUUUUUGUUUCUUUGGAGGAGAUUUUUAUCAUGUCACAGGUUUCGAAAAGUGGAUAAUUCUUAGAAUUUUUUCUCCUAAGAACUUGAAAACGAAAUAGACUUGGAAAAUAUUAGUAAUACUAGAAUUUCAAAGAAAUUACUUGGUGCUAUAAGCGUGUAAUAUAAACUUUAGAAAAAUAUACCAAGCCAGGUGUAUUGUAUGAGGAAAAGCAAAAUGGUAAAAAUCAGCCUACGUGAUAUUGCUGAUUGUUUGCAAUUUAGUUUUUCCUCAUAAAUUUCACCCGGCUUGGUAUAUUUUAUAAAAGUUUAUAUUACACUUUUAGCACCAAGGCAACAUAUUCUGAAAUUUGUUUUCAUCUGUAAACCUUUACUGAGUGUGAUUUGUCCAUAUUUGUUUUUUUAUUCAAACAUUACUAAUAUUUUCCAUGUCUAUUUCAUUUUCCAGUUCUUAGGAGAAAAAAUUUUAAGAAUAAGCCACUUUUCUAAACUUAUGACAUGAGUCUCCUCCAAAAAAAAAUUGUUUGUACCAUCUGUCCUUAAGCAGUAAAAUACUGUUUGUUGUCCAUAUUGAACAAUGAAACAUGGAGAUAACGAACAGUAUUUAAGCUCAACGUCCAUUCAAGCAAUGCAAAUCGUGAGCUGAGGAGACACGGACCUCAAAACACAUCAGAAUUGGGAUCAGGUGCUAUGGAGGAGUACAUGUAAGAAUACACUACUAAAUUCAUGCCUAUACUUCUUAUUCUGUCGAGCCUGAACUCCAUAUCGUGAAUUGUGAUUUUUCGCUUGCAGUUAUGAACUAAAGACACUUUGUUUUUAGUAACAUUCAGUCCAAAGUUUUCCGAUAUGAGAAAUGGGAAAAUUCUUGGACUACUUUCAUCAAAACACGGUGCAUAUCUGCGAAAAAACCCUCAAUAUGUACUUUCAAGCAAAUUUGCAGACGAGUUGCCGCUUUUCAUACUCUUGAUCAUUGUUAUACAAUCGACAUGAUGAGAUUGAAUCCAGUUCAAAUCACCUGAAAUUCGUGUUGUUAAAAUACAUGUAUCCAUAUAUGAUGUUAAACCUGCAUGUGUGUAUUACAUGCUUCAUAUAAUAUAUGUGAGUAGCAUUUGUACAUUGUCAAAUAAAAUCUAUGUUAAAAAUCAUAA